AUGGGAGAAUUUAAACCUAUACUGCCUCAAGGUGCAGGAUACGCAAUCAUAUUAGGUCUGGGGGCCGUGUUUGCUUUCGGAAUGGUACUAAUAACUUAUAUGUUGAGGCGUUAUCAGAAGGAAAUAAUAACGGCUGAAGAAUUUACAACAGCUGGAAGAACAGUUAAGACCGGGCUUGUGGCAGCAGCUGUUGUUUCAAGUUGGAUUUGGGCUUCUACCUUACUAACUUCUGUUUCUAAACAAUAUACUGGUGGUAUGUUCGGCGGCUACAGUUAUAGUGCAGGGGCUUGCUUUCAAAUCAUUGCAUUUGCCAUUAUCGCUAUUAAAACAAAACAAAAGGCACCCAAUGCACACACUUAUUUGGAGAUUGUUAAAGCUCGUUAUGGAACCCCCGGGCAUCUAACUUUUUUAUUUUAUGCUUUAGCUACAAACAUCUUGGUCACUGCAAUGCUGUUAACGUCUGGCUCAGCAGUCUUUAGUGAUAUUACCGGAAUGAGUCCUAUUGCCAGUUGUUUUCUACUACCUGUUGGUGUGGUAGUUUAUACUUUAUUCGGUGGUAUUAAAGCAACUUUUUUAACUGAUUAUCUUCAUACAAUUGUCAUUAUUAUUAUUGUCCUGGUAUUCUCCUUCAAAGUCUUUGCCACAAGUGACAUUCUUGGUUCCCCUGGUAAGGUCUACGAUCUGGUAAGAGAAGCUGCUAAGAGACAUCCUGUUGAAGGAAAUGCCAAAGGUGAAUAUAUGACUAUGUCUUCGAAAACUUCUGGUAUUUUCUUGGUCAUAAACUUAGUCGGUAAUUUUGGUACCGUAUUUUUGGAUAAUGGGUACUGGAAUAAGGCUAUUUCAGCAUCACCUGCCGCAAGUAUGCCUGGCUAUGUGAUGGGUGGAUUAUCUUGGUUUGCCAUUCCAUGUUUAAUCUCAUUAACCAUGGGCUUUGCCUGUUUAGCAGUUGAAACUUCUCCCAAUUUCCCAACAUAUCCGGAUGCUUUAACAUCAUACCAAGUGAGUUCUGGUUUGGUACUACCUGCUGCUGCAAUUACAGUUAUGGGUAAAGGUGGUGCGGUUGCUACAUUGUUAAUGAUUUUUAUGGCUAUUACAUCUGCGAUGUCAGCUGAAUUAAUUGCAGUGUCUUCUGUUUACACUUACGAUAUCUACCGUAUUUACAUUAAUCCUAAGGCUAGAGGAAAGCAAUUAAUCGUUUCCUCUCAUAUGGCUUGUAUUGUGUUUGGUAUUGCCAUGAGUGGGUUUUCUAUUGGGCUAUAUGAAGGUGGUGUUAACGUUGGAUACUUAUAUGAGAUCAUGGGUAUCAUUAUUUCCAGUGCAGUCUUACCAGUUAUCUUAACUUUGUGUUGGAAGCAACAAAAUGUAAUUGCAGCUGUGGCAUCCCCUAUCCUGGGAACUGGGUUAGCUAUUAUGUCCUGGCUAGUUUGUACAAAGUCACUAUUUACAAAUCUGACUAUUGACACUACGUUUAAGGAUUAUCCAAUGCUUACUGGGAAUGUAGUUGCACUCUGUUCUCCUGCGAUUUUUGUUCCUAUACUAACUUAUUUGUUUAAACCACAAAAUUUUGAUUGGGAGAUUUUAAAAACCAUUAGCAGAGUUGAUGAAACGGAGGAAAUCACCGAAAACUUAGAAACCAUUGAGGGGGUUAUAAUAAAUGACACAGAAAAGAAUCUCUAUAAUAGCAGUUCCGCCGAUGAAGCUAAAGAUGUCAAUAUCAACGUGAAAAAUGAAGAAAAAUUGCAAGCUGUCACAACAAUUAUGAGUAGCAUUAGGCAAGAACCAAACUUAAGAGAUGUUAAUCAGGAACUAGAAGAAGAAGAGCUAAAGCUCGCUAAGGGACUCAAGGUUGCCUACUUCCUUUGUAUAUUCUUUGCUCUGGCGUUCUUGAUUGUUUGGCCCAUGCCAAUGUAUGGUAGUAGAUAUAUCUUCAGCAAAAAGUUCUUCACUGGUUGGGUAGUUGUCAUGAUCAUUUGGAUCUUUAUUAGUGCUUUCUGUGUCUGUGUCUAUCCUUUAUAUGAAGGAAGGCACGGUAUUUAUACCACAUGUCGCGGUAUGUAUUGGGAUUUAAGUGGACAGACUCAUAAAUUAAGAGAAUGGCAAAAUGAUAACCCUGAAGAGUUGCAUGUUGUAAGAAGUCAAAUAAGUGCAAAGAUACACAAUCCUAUAAGCCGACUAGGCCAUGUCGAAAAUAAUUUAGAUGACAUAAUUGAAAGCUGA